CCUUUUGCAAUAGGAGAAUAGAAGCCGGAUGGAUAAAGGAAGUGCUGGUCAUCCUGGAGGUGCACGGGUUUGAGGAAGGCUCCCGGCCCCUACAACCCUCUGCGGAGCCUGAGCCCGGCUGCCCCCACUCACCUCAACCCCAAGGUGGCCCCACCACAGGGCCCCUCGCUGCCUGGACGGCUCUGCUGGUCUCCCCAUCCCCUGGAAGAGAGCAAGGCCAUGGGCCAGCUCCUGCUGCUGCCCCUGCUGCUGCUGCCCCUGCUGCUGUCGCCAGCAUUUCUGCAGCCUGGUGGCUCCGUGGGAUCCGGUCCAAGUGGCGGUUAUGGGUUCACUCAACCAAAACACCUCUCAGCCCCUAUGGGUGGCUCCGUGGAAAUUCCCUUCUCCUUCUAUUACCCCUGGGAGUUAGCCACAGAUCCCAACAUGAAACUAUCCUGGAGACGGGGCAACUUCCACGGGGAGUUCUUCUACAGAACAAGGCCAGCUUUCACUCACAAGGAUUACUCGAACCGGCUCUUUCUGAACUGGACAGAGGGUCAGGACCACGGGCUCCUCAGGAUCUCGAACCUGCGGAAGAAGGACCAGUCUGUGUAUUUCUGCCGAGUCGAGCUGGACACACGGAGAUCAGGGAGGCAGCAGUGGCAGUCCAUCGAGGGGACCAAACUCACCAUCACCCAGGGUGAGUCCAGC